AUGGGUAUAUUCUCUCACGCUGUCGAGGAUGACGUUACAGUCACUGCUUCAUUCCCCGAAACCAACCCUUUCGGUCUCGUCGUGAACGGUGAACAAAAUGGUCUUUUACUUCAUUUAGUCAAUCAAGGUUCAAGAAAUUACACUUUAGUCUCUGCCUCUGCCAGUUAUCAUGAUAUCAACAAUCAUUGGGCUACUGUACGAAACGCUUCGACUCUGAAGUACGGUGUUCCUUUAGUAGCUGGAAGUAAUUACAGUGCUCCAUAUUCGUUCAACAGCGAGUUCAAACCCCAAGAAGUCGGUUUGACAGUAUGGGUCAACUUGGCUGAAGGCGAUUCCGUUCAUCACGUAACAGCUUAUAACCAGACCGUAUCAAUCGUUGAACCAGCUGCAACAUGGUUUGAUCCCGGAUUACUCUUUUUAUAUUUGGUACUUUCAACAGCUUUGUUAGGUGGUGCUUAUGCCGCAUAUCAAACUUUCUUUGCUCCUCAAACUAAAAAAGGAUCAAAAUCAAAAUCGAGAUCAUCAGACGGUAGUAAAAAAGUUAAAGCUGUCGUACCUGCUGAACAAGGUGAAAAUUCUUAUCCAAAUGUUAAACCCUACGAAGAAGAUUGGAUCCCCGCAUCUCACUUGAAGCAUAGACAGACCAAGUUGUCCAAAAAGAAAUCUGGCACCGGCGCAAGUUCAGGCGAUGAGUUGCUCUCAGGUGGCGACGUCACAAGUGGUGGUGAAGCAUCUGGAACUGAAAUCAAAAAGAACAAGAAAAAGGGAAAGAAGGCGUAG